UCUUCUCUCGCUGCGCUGACGAUGCACAAGGAGCCGGUGGCCCAGGAUGAGAACAGUAACCCCCGGGAAGGGCAGGGGAGCCGCAGGAAGGACAGACUGAGCCCCAGCGAGCACGACAUGAACCACAUCAACCGCAGCCGGCCCAAGACAGGUUCCUGGGAUUCUAACGGAUUUGUCCCAGAAAUCGAGACUCUGGCCGGACGCACGGAGGAGAGCGUGCCCCUCAGCCCCUCCAACUCCCUCAACCUCCGUCACCUGCGCGGGUGCGAAAAGGACCUGUCUGGACGGCAGCACCAGCGCUCCCCCUCCAACCACUACCAUCCCAACUACUACGCCUCGCACCACCACCGCACUUCCUACACUAGCCAGCGCAAAGGCUACUGGGACUAUGAGAACCAGUACCGCGACGGGAAACGUAAAGCCUGGGUGCCUCGGCCCAGCGGGGGGCCCCACAUGCAGCGUCCCAGGACCCGCGAGGCCUACAACCCGACAGAGAGCAGCCCAUGCGGAGAGGCUAGGCCCGAGCAGACCUCGGGGGAGAAGAGCAAAACGUACCAAGGAGUCUCCCGACAGUCCUCUCCCCCGACAGAGAAGGAGCAGACCACAGACAGCUGGCUGCUCUUUAAGCCGCUGCCGGUGUUUCCCGUGGACAACAGCAGCGCAAGAACCUCUCCCAAAAUUAGCUACGCCAGCAAGGUGAAAGAGAACCUGGAUGGCAAAGGACUGGUGCCUAGUUCUGCUGUUAGGACCUCCAAUACCCCUCCGAGCUGCGUGCUAAAUACUAUGGGACUUAAUAGCGACAGCUCCUCCGCAGCCCCCACUCAAUCCACAAGCUCUCUCUCCUCCUCCUCCUGCUCCUCUCUCUCCUCCACACCUCCUUCUCCCGUCAACCAAGAGAACCUAGGGGCCAUUUUCCAGAAUGAGUGGGGGCUAUCUUUCAUUAAUGAGCCUGGAGCUGGUCAGGCCCCGGAGGAGGCGAAGGAACCCCAAGAAAAGACUGGUGGUGGUGGCAUCGGUUUGGAGGGCGGGGGGGGGGACGUACCUCCGGUAUCCGUUUUCAUGCGUCUGUCAACUGGAUUUUUCGUAGAGGGCGCCGAGCCUGAGGAGCCCCACAUGGAGAACCCCAAAGACUGGGAGGCUAUGGUGACCUACAGUUUGCAUGAAUGGAACAAAGUCUGGAACCUUCACAAGAAAGAUCCCUCCCGCGUCAUCCUAUACGCAGAGAGCAUCGACGGGAAGGGUUAGCGGACGGCCGGACGAGACGACAGAAGGACGAAGUCUGACCCUACA